AUGUUUCGAUGCUAUAUAAGAAGCCUACGUGGUCUAGCAAUAAGACGACCUGUGUGGAAGAGAAGUAUCUAUACGGUUAAGAGCGAAUAUACGUUGCCCGAGAUGACUGCUGAUGAAAACCCAAAGUUGACCGUGGAUGAAGUUAUCCCACUGAUCGCGGCGAUCGACGUUGGAACUACGUCUUCGCGGGCGAUUUUGUUUAAUAGACUGGGCCAGGAAGUUGCGAAGCACCAGAUCGAGUACUCUACUUCUGCUUCGAAGGAGAAAUAUGCUGCGUCUGGUAAAAGGCGUAGAUUCAGUGUUGAUGAAAGUAACCAACCUAUCUUCUCUGCAGAAGGUAUUGCGAUCGAGGAGAAUGAGUUUUUAGAGAUUGAGGAUUUGAUUAUUAAAGCUGGACAUCCGACUUUAAGGUUUCCAAAACCUGGUUGGGUUGAAUGCAACCCGCUUAAUAUUUUGGACAAUGUGGUUGAAUGUUUUGCCAAGACUUUAGCUUUUACGUACCAUGUGAAUGCGCAGCGGAUUCCUGAUGGACUUCCACCCUAUCAGGUACAUUGUAUUGGUAUAGCCAGUAUGCGUGAGACGACUUUGGUGUGGUCCAAAAAGACUGGGAUGCCCAUUGUGGAUUAUGGGAUUGUGUGGAACGAUACUAGAAAUGCAGCAAUUGUUACAGAGAAGAGGAACAGCACACCUGAGGAUGAGCAAACGAGGUUGAGAAACAAGACGGGGUUGCCUUUGUACUCUACGUAUUUUUCGUGCUCAAAGUUGCGUUGGUUGCUGGACAAUGAGCCAAAAGUGAAGGAGGCCUACGGGUCGGGCGACUUGAUGUUUGGUACCGUCGACAGCUGGCUGAUCUACCACUUGACCAAAUCGCAUGCUUUUGUGUCUGAUGUUACGAAUGCUUCCCGUACGGGGUUCAUGAACUUGGAUACUCUUGAUUACGAUGACGAAUUGCUUGAUUAUUGGGGGAUCGAUAAGAACAAGAUCAAUUUGCCCCGCAUUGUAUCGUCUGCCGAGUACUAUGGUGAUUUCCACGUACCGCAAGUGACAAAGGACCAUAUCCCGCUCGCUGACUGGAAGAUUCUGUCGGAUUUCAGUCACAGAACCCCAAGAAUCCCCUUGCAGGGUUGUCUUGGUGACCAAAGCGCUUCGCUAGUGGGUCAAUUGGCUUUCAAGCCCGGUUCUGCCAAGUGUACUUACGGUACCGGGUGUUUCUUGCUUUACAAUACUGGCUCAACAAAGCUGAUAUCCCAACACGGUGCUUUGACAACUUUUGGUUACUGGUUUCCACACUUGGCCGAUGAAGAGGCAAGGAAACCACAUUUUGCACUGGAAGGUUCUGUGGCAGUCGCUGGUGCAGUGGUGCAAUGGCUAAGAGAUAACUUACGAUUGAUCCCCAAGGCUGAAGAUAUAGGUCCCUUAGCAAGCAGAGUACCUGAUUCUGGAGGGGUAGUGUUUGUCCCUGCCUUCAGUGGUUUAUUUGCACCCUACUGGGACCCAGAAGCCCGUGCUACCAUCAUGGGUAUGUCGCAAUUCACCACUGCUUCACACAUCGCCAGAGCCGCUGUUGAAGGUGUAUGUUUCCAAGCUCGUGCUAUCUUAAAAGCUAUGAGUUCCGACGCUUUGGGAACCAAGGACAGAGAUUUCCUUGAAGAAGUUAGCGCUGGUACUUAUGAGAAAUCACUCCUAUCCACUUUGGCCGUUGAUGGUGGUAUGUCCCGUUCGGAUGAAGUUAUGCAAAUUCAAGCCAAUAUCCUAGGACCUUGUGUCAAAGUGAGAAGAUCUCCCACGCACGAAUGUACAGCGCUCGGGGCAGCCAUUGCUGCUGAAAUGGCUUUCAAAGACCCCAAGGACCGUCUCAUGUGGAAGGAUUUGAAAGAUGUCAAGAAGUACAUUUUCUACAACGGUGUCGAAAAAGAUGAAGAGUGUCCGCUUGAGCUACAACCAGAUCUCAAGAUCUUUACUAGUACGUCGAAUAAUACUGAACGUAGGAAGAAAUGGCGAAUCUGGGAAGAAGCCGUCAAGAGAUCCCGAGGUUGGCUCUCUUCAUUGGAAUCAAUGGAGGACGAAGACGAUGAGAAAGGGACUGACGGUAAAUAA